AUGUCCCGAUAUACAGAACGACCAGAGACUCUACCGAACCCGUUAAUCGUCAUACCCUUUAGUCGCGAUACAGACUUCGUCGAGCGAGGGAUACUCGAUCAGAUUUACCAGAAAUGCACUGUCUUGGGAUCUCGAAUCGCACUUGUUGGCCUGGGUGGCAUCGGCUUUCGAGAUAUUGCAAACUAUAUCAAAAUCUUUGGACGACUGAAUCCAAUGGCUAAUAUUUUCCAGCUCGUAUACGACUGGCUGUGUAAUGACAGGGAGGGAAAGUGGGUUCUUAUACUUGAUAAUGUGGAUUAUGCUGGGUUUCUCGUCGAGGCUCCAACCGGUGAUCAGGAUAGGCAUACGAAUAGCAGAGGAAGUGAGAAGGUCAAACGGCUUGUGGAAUACCUGCUGCAGUGUCCGCAUAGAUCGAUUCUCAUAAUAAUACGAAGCAAAAGCGCUGCUCUGAAGGUAGCUGAACAGGGCGGUAUUAUUAUAGUUGAACUAAUGAACAGGGCAGAUGGGCUGGCACUGUUUGAGAAGAAGCUAGGAUGGUACGAUAACGGCGAGGAUGUUAAUGAGCUUGCUGCGGUACUCGAGUAUAUGCCUCUCGCCAUUGUCCAAGCUACUGCAUAUAUCUCCCAAAGAGUACCGUGCUAUUCCGUGCGAUAUAAGAAAACCAGCCUACUUAACUGCGAUGGCGGACAGCUCCGUCGAGAUGGGGAGGCGAAGAACUCUAUUAUUAUUAUAUGGCAGAUAUCGUUCGAUAAUAACGAUGAAGAUGAAGGAUUACAGUCUAGCGUGAAUGAUGGGUUCGAAGAUGAUCUCUUGGUCUUACGAAAUUACUCUUUUAUCUCUGAUAAUAUAGACGGUAUAACCUUCGAAAUGUACGGACUAAAAGGUGCAUUUCUCAGGAAUCUUGAUGCAGGACUUCCGAUAGGAGAGUACAAGAAUUGGAAAAGGUGUCGAGCACUUUUCCCAUAUGCGCAAUCGGUAGCAGUACAGAAGCCAAAGGAAUCAGACUCUUUAAUAGACUGGGCGUUAGUACUAUAUAAAGCAGUAUGGUACGCAUGGAGAAUGGGGAAAGGUGUAGAGGCAGAGAAUCUGUUAGUUCGCGUAAUGAAAGUUCGCAAGAAGAUUUUCGGUAAUGAGUACGAGGAUACGCUAGGUGGGAUGGCAAUAGCGGGCUUAGCAUAUAAUCUGAAUGGCCGAAAAGAUAAUACUGAAAAACUAGAGGUACAAGUCAUGGAGACAAGCAAGACGAAGCUCGGAACGAGUAAGACGAAGCUCGGAGUAGACUACCCAGAUACGCUAUUGAGUAUGGCCAACCUAGUAUUAAUGCUUUGGAACCAAGGCCGUAAGACGAAGCUCGGAGUGGACUAUCCAGAUACACUAUCGAGUAUAGCUAACCUAACUUAUAAGACGAAGCUCGGAGUGGACUACCCAGAUAUACUAUUAAGUAUAGCUAAUCUAGUAAUAUAUAAGACAAAGCUCGGAGUAAACUACCUUUCUAUACUAUUAAGUAUGGCUAACCUAAUAAGUAAGACAAAGCUCGGAGUGAACUACCCUUCUAUACUAUUAAGUAUAACUAAUCUAGUAGUAAUAUACAGAGACCAAGACCGUAAGACAAAGCUCGAAAUAGACUAUUUAGAUAUAUUAUUAAAUAUAGCUAAUCUAGUAGUAAUAUACAGGAACCAAAACCGUAAGACAAAGCUCGGAAUAGACUAUUUAGAUAUAUUAUUAAAUAUAGCUAAUCUAGUAGUAAUAUAUAGGAACUAA